GUAAAAAAAUAAAAAAAAUAAUAAUAAUAGUUAUACAUGACUGAAGCCAAGCACGCAGAGAGUGAACGACGGGAGGAAUUGCGACAGGAACCUCUUAGUUUGCGUCAUGAAUUUCGAUAUAGGAAUCUGGGACUUCACCAUCAUGCAGCCCAGGACUUUUAUAGAUCACAAUGGCAAUCGGAAGCAAGGUCGUUUGGCUUUCUCAUCUAUCGUUGGAUUUUGUGCACCUUCUUUGGCACUGCUUUAUUCAGCUAUUUCAAACUCUAUUAUCGCAAAGGACAUUGGUUUAUCUACUUAACUAAUUGGGGUUUUGUGCUGUGUGCCGUUACUAGCAUUAGUGGAGCAAUUUUAGUUACUCUAUAUCACAUAAAUCCUGCACAAAUAUUGAAUCGAAGCUACUUGAUGAGUUGUUAUUGGGCCUGUUAUUGGGUAAAUUUGAUCAUUGCGCAAAAGAUUUGUAUAAUCUAUUGGACGUGUGUGUACCCCAGGGAUCAGACGUCCAAUAAUCCGGUUAGGCUAAAUGCCCUCUUCAACAUAUGGCUGCAUGUCCUGCCAUCCCUGCUAUUCACCAUAGAUCACAUGGUGGUCGCACAGCCAUCGCGUCUGCUGCAUGUCUUCUAUCCAUUAGUGUUUUCCGGGGCCUAUAUGGGAUUUGCCUAUGUUUACUAUUUGUUAGGUGGCCUGGAUCCGUAUACGCGGACGUCCUUAUAUCUAUCCCAUUUUGAACUUUGCAAAGCCGUUAAGUGUGUUGAAAUUCGUUGGGUGGACAACGAUACUCCUGGUCUUCUGCUCAACUCUUCAGUACGGUUUGUAUCGUCUGAGGGUCCUGAUAGCGCGCAAGCUGGGUAAACUGCAGUAACUGGUGUCUCUACAUACGUAUAUCAUUUUCAGUGGGGGGUGGAAAAUUAUUCUAAUUGCAUAAUAUUAAAGCGUUCCAGUCCCCAGUGC